AUGGGAAGCCAAAUGAAGAAGCAAUUUGCUUGUGCUUUGGCAUUUUUCUUGAUUGCCACAUGCACUAUGGCAUAUUCACCUUAUUCUUAUGAAUCAUCAGAUUCAACAUACAAUAAAGUACCAACCACAGUAGUCAAAAGUGAAGACUUCAAGGUACUCUCAGAGUCGGAAAAGGAAUAUAAGAAGUCAUUUUUGCCAAAAAAUGAUUACUACAAGAAGCCAUUAGUUUCAGAAGAUAGCUAUAAGAAAGUACCCUCCGUUCCCGAACAGGAAUACAAGGUGCCAUUCUUGCCAAAGAAUGACUACAACAAGAAGCCAUCAUUUUCAGAAAAUAACUACAAGAAGGCGUCAUAUGUUCCAGAGGUACCCUCGAUGGCUAAAUCAGAAUAUAAGGAGUCAUUUUUUCCAAAAUUUGACUACUUAAAGAAGCCAUCAGUUCCAGAAGAUAACUACAAGAAGGCGUCAGAUGUUCCAGAGGUACCCUCGAUGGCUAAACCAGAAUAUAAAGAGUCAUUUUUGCCAAAAUUUGACUACUUUAAGAAGUCAUCAGUUUCAAAAGACAACUACAAAAAGGUCCCAUAUGUUCCAAAGAUGCCCUCAGUGCCUAAAGAAGAAUACAAAGCGUCUUCUUUGCCAAAGAAUGAUUACUACAAAAAGCCAUCAACUUCAGAAGAUAACUACAAAAAGGUGUCAUUUGUUCCGAAGGUGCCCUCAGUGCCUAAAGAAGAAUAUGAGGUGUCUUCUUUGCCAAAGAAUGACGAUUACAAGAAGCCAUCAAUUCCAGAAGAUAACUACAAGAAGGUGUCAUAUGUUCCAAAAGUACCCUUAGUGUCUAAACCGGAAUACAAGGUGCCUUCUUUGUCAAAAAACGAUAACUACAAGAAGUCAACCAUUCCAGAAGAUAGCUACAAGAAGGUGUCAUAUGUUCCAGAGGUACCCUCAGUUGCUAAACCUGAAUACAAGGUGCCUUCUUUGCCAAAGAAUGACUACUACAAGAAGCCAUCAGUUCAUGAAGAUAACUACAAGAAAGUGCCAUCUGUUCCAGAGGUACCCUCAGUUGCUAAACCUGAAUACAAGGUGCCUUCUUUGCCAAAAAGUGACUACUACAAGAAUCCAUUACCAUCUCCAUCACCACCGCCUCCAUAUUAUUAA